UUGCCGAAGCCCCCAACACACAGACAGACAGACAUGUUGAGCUGAGAGCUUGGGGGGGAUCUCUCGAGCCCCCCCUCCCCGCCCCCCACAGCCCCAAGUCUGGGGGGACCUCGGCCACCCGCACCCCCCUCCCCACUUGACCUGUCCAGCGUGCCUCGACCCCCUUUCCUCCCCCCCUGCCCAUCUCUGGCUUUUGCCCCUGUCGGGGCUGGUGGGGUUUUGCGCUUUAUGGAGGGUUCGGUGGGUCUCCCCCCCCUGCCUCCCCCCUCGAUGAAUUGAAGCAGUGAUGCAGGAGGCUGCUGGCCGCUUCGGCUGUACGGAGAGACACAAGCUCAAGAUGGCAGAUUUCUAUUGAGUUUAAAGGGGGGGGGGGACCUGAAUCCUGCUUCAUUUUUCUCUCGUUGCCAUGAAUAACAGACAUUCUUGCAGCGAUGGCCCCCAUGUACGAAGGUAUGGCCUCCCAUGUGCAAGUUUUCUCCCCUCACACUCUUCAAUCAAGUGCCUUCUGUAGCGUGAAGAAACUGAAAGUGGAACCAAGUUCUAACUGGGAUAUGACUGGGUACGGCACACACAGUAAAGUCUACAGCCAGAGCAAGAACGUGCAAUCCUCUCAAGCAGCUGCCGCCAUCAACGCCUCUGUCCAAAUUCCCAACCCCAGCAUCCCUUACGAGCAGACCAUCAUUUUCCCAGCCAGCACAGGGCACAUCGUGGUGACAUCUGCCAGCAGCACCUCUGGUGUGGUUGCAGUAUCCGGGCAAGCACUAGGUGGACCACACAACCUGAUGCGUCGAAGCACUGUGAGCCUUUUGGACACCUACCAAAAAUGUGGACUUAAGCGCAAAAGUGAGGAAAUUGAGAACACGAGCAGCGUUCAGAUUAUUGAAGAGCAUCCGCCAAUGAUUCAGAACAAUGCCAGUGGGGCCACAGUAGCCACCACAACCACGUCCACUGCCACAUCAAAAAACAGUGGCUCCAACAGUGAAGGGGAUUACCAACUGGUACAACAUGAAGUGCUGUGUUCUAUGACCAACACAUAUGAAGUAUUAGAAUUUCUUGGCCGUGGAACCUUUGGGCAAGUGGUCAAAUGCUGGAAACGUGGCACCAAUGAAAUCGUGGCCAUCAAGAUCCUUAAAAACCAUCCUUCAUAUGCUCGGCAAGGUCAAAUUGAAGUGAGCAUCCUGGCACGGCUAAGCACUGAAAGCGCAGAUGAUUACAACUUUGUCCGAGCCUAUGAAUGUUUCCAGCACAAGAACCAUACCUGCCUGGUUUUUGAGAUGUUGGAACAGAACCUCUAUGAUUUCCUAAAACAAAACAAGUUCAGCCCAUUGCCCCUUAAGUACAUCCGGCCAAUCUUACAGCAGGUAGCCACGGCCCUAAUGAAAUUGAAAAGCCUGGGUUUAAUUCAUGCAGACCUCAAACCAGAAAACAUCAUGUUGGUGGAUCCAUCCCGGCAGCCAUACAGGGUCAAGGUCAUUGACUUUGGUUCUGCUAGCCACGUGUCUAAGGCUGUGUGUUCAACUUAUCUUCAGUCCAGAUAUUACAGAGCCCCUGAAAUCAUCCUCGGUUUACCCUUCUGCGAAGCAAUUGACAUGUGGUCGCUGGGUUGUGUCAUUGCAGAACUAUUCUUGGGCUGGCCUUUAUAUCCAGGAGCUUCAGAAUACGAUCAGAUCCGAUACAUUUCACAGACCCAGGGCUUGCCAGCUGAGUAUUUGUUAAGUGCAGGGACGAAGACAACGAGGUUUUUCAACAGGGAUACAGACUCACCGUAUCCACUGUGGAGGCUAAAGACACCAGAUGAUCAUGAGGCGGAGACAGGGAUCAAGUCAAAGGAAGCAAGAAAGUAUAUUUUCAAUUGUUUGGAUGAUAUGGCACAGGUGAAUAUGACAACAGACUUGGAAGGAAGUGAUAUGUUGGUGGAAAAGGCAGACCGGCGGGAGUUCAUAGACUUGUUAAAGAAGAUGUUGACGAUAGAUGCAGACAAGAGGAUAACGCCCAUUGAAACGCUCAACCACCCAUUUGUCACCAUGACACACCUGCUCGAUUUCCCUCAUAGCACGCAUGUCAAGUCCUGUUUCCAGAACAUGGAGAUUUGCAAGCGGCGGGUGAACAUGUACGACACAGUGAAUCAGAGCAAGACACCAUUCAUCACCCAUGUGGCCCCAAGCACAUCAACCAACUUAACCAUGACCUUCAACAAUCAGCUCAAUACGGUCCAUAACCAGGCCACCAACCUGGCUCCCACCUCCACCACCAGUGCCACUAUUUCCUUAGCCAACCCUGAAGUCUCCAUACUAAACUACCAAUCUGCACUCUACCAGCCUUCGGCAGCAUCCAUGGCCGCAGUAGCCCAGAGGAGCGUGCCCCUGCAGACGGGAACAGCGCAGAUAUGUGCCCGGCCUGACCCCUUCCAGCAAGCGCUCAUCGUGUGUCCUCCAGGAUUUCAAGGGCUGCAGACUUCUCCUUCAAAGCAUGCUGGGUAUUCUGUGCGAAUGGAGAAUGCUGUUCCAAUCGUCACUCAGGCUCCAGGGGCUCAGCCCCUUCAGAUCCAGCCAGGACUCCUAGCACAGCAAGCCUGGCCCAGCGGCACCCAGCAAAUCCUGCUCCCUCCAGCUUGGCAGCAGCUGACUGGCGUUGCCACCCACACCUCAGUCCAGCAUGCAACCGUCAUCCCCGAGACCAUGGCAGGGACCCAGCCGCUGACAGAUUGGAGAAAUACACAUGCUCAUGGCAGCCAUUACAAUCCCAUCAUGCAACAGCCUGCACUUCUAGCAAGUCACGUCACCCUUCCAGCAGCCCAGCCCUUGAAUGUGGGCGUAGCGCAUGUCAUGAGACAACAACCAACCAGCACCACCUCCUCUCGUAAGAAUAAACAGCAUCAGUCAUCCACAAGAAACAUGUCCAACUUUGAGGUGUCCUCCUCUCAGACGAUCAGUUCCCCGCAGAGGUCUAAACGAGUAAAGGAGAACACGCCGCCUCGCUGUGCCAUGGUGCAUAACAGCCCCGCCUGCAGCACCUCUGUCACUUGUGGGUGGGGCGAUGGAGCUUCCAGUACCACACGGGAGCGGCAGCGGCAGACAAUAGUCAUUCCUGACACACCCAGCCCUGCAGUAAGUGUGAUUACUAUCAGCAGCGACACUGAUGAGGAGGAAGAGCAGAAACACGCACCCACCAGCCCGCUGUCAAAGCAAAGGAAAAAUGUCAUCAGUUGCGUGACUGUGCAUGAUUCCCCCUACUCUGAUUCCUCUGGCCACAACAGUCCCUAUGCAGUGCAACAUCGUGGAGGAAACAACAACCCAAACAACUAUGAUACGAAAGGAGCACCAGAAACUCAUUGCAACAGCAAUCCCCGGACCAUCAUCGUACCACCACUGAAAACGCAGGCCAGCGAGGUGUUAGUAGAGUGUGAUAGCUUGGUGCCAGUCACUACUGGUCACCAUUCAUCCUCCUACAAGUCAAAGUCCUCCAGCAUUGUGACCUCCACCAGUGGUCACUCUUCAGGGAGCUCGUCUGGAGCCAUUGCCUACAGGCAGCAGCGGCCAGGACCACAUUUCCAGCAGCAGCAGCCUCUUAAUCUCAGCCAGGCCCAGCAGCACAUCACAACCGAUCGCACAGGGAGUCACCGUCGACAGCAAGCUUACAUCACUCCAACGAUUGCUCAGGCGCCAUAUUCCUUCCCACACAACAGCCCCAGCCAUGGUACGGUCCAUCCCCAUCUGGCAGCGGCUGCAGCUGCUCACCUCCCCACUCAGCCUCAUCUCUACACGUACACUGCACCUGCUGCUCUGGGCUCCACAGGCACCGUGGCCCAUUUGGUGGCCUCCCAAGGUUCCGCUCGUCAUGCUGUACAGCACACUACAUACCCAGCCAGCAUUGUCCACCAGGUUCCUGUCAGCAUGGGACCUCGGGUCCUUCCAUCACCCACCAUCCACCCAAGUCAAUAUCAGGCUCAGUUUGCCCACCAGACCUAUAUCAGUGCGUCUCCAGCCUCAGUCUACACUGGAUACCCCCUGAGCCCCACCAAGGUGAACCAGUACCCUUACAUCUAAAACACUGGAAUGAGAAAAGACAUGGCACACACUGAGGGGAACAAGGCUGCUUUUAUACUGAAGAGAAUGUCGCAGGUAAACGAACAAUGCAAUGGGGAAGCUCAAACAAAACUUGAACGGAGUAAGAAAGGAGAGAAGAAGAUUAAGAGAAAAGGAGAUACCCUUUGUUCACAUUUUAUUUAAAAAAAAAGAAAAAAGGAUAAAAAGAAUGAAAAAUAAAAAUACAAAGAACCAUUCUGCACCAGACUCAGUGGUGGGGAAAGCAGAAGGACCACCAUUCUCCGGUCCGUUUUUGGAUAACUUCAUCAAUUGACUUCUACAGAUUAUUUUCAUCUGGUUACAGGAGACUACAUUUAGGAAUUUGCUGUCAAACCUCCUAAUACAAAGUUUCAUAGGUGUUUGGGUAUAUAUUUUUUAAUUAAACCAAGAAGCAUACAAAUAAGGGAUUUAUCCAGAACUUCAAAAGGGUUGUCAUCUUGUCAUGGCACUGGUGGUUGUCACCUAAAAUGGAAAACAAAAACGCCAAGUAUGAUGUGUUUUCUGACAGGAGGAUUAAGAGACGGACAGUUAAAGGGGGUGGGAGGGGUUGAAUUGUUCCAGCUCUCUCAAUGCCAGGCUUAAUGUGGAACCACACAUACUGAGCAGAAAAUGCCAUCCAGUUAGACUAGGGGCAAUAAGGAUAUUCGUUCUUACUUCAAGCACCCUGGAUAAAUCCCUGAGCAAUGUUAUUCCUUAAGAAAAAUCUUUAAUAAUGUACAAUAGAAUCUCAUCUUCCUUACUCAGAAAUCCUUUCUCCCCUCCCCCUUUUGGAUAACCCCUUAAUCCCUCACCAUUUUUCAGUCCAAUCCUAACAUUUCCUGCUCUGUUGGAUAAGUGUGUAUGCGGCCCAUGCCGAUAGCUAAUCCAUUGCAAAAACAUCACAAAGCAUGGCGUUAUGCUAACAUUGCAACAGUGUUUGCACACUGUUGUGAGCAGAUAUACACCCACAAAAUGUUUAGGAUUGGGCAGUUAGUGUUAGGAUCUAGUUGGCCCUUGGUAGAAUGUAGCACUAUAUCAUACAUGCACCCUUUUUCCCUACUUUGUGUUAAACUCCAAUGAUACCAAUAGACUAUUUCUCAAUGUGAUUGCACAAAAAAGUGAUAUAACAUAGGCAUGUAACAAAUGUGAUUGUCCAGGUAUAUAUGUAUGUAUGUGUGUGUGCGUGCGCGCACAUGUGCGCGCUGAUGCUGCCUUCUCUUGUGGUGUGGUCCUCAGCACAGCCAUUGCAAACUGUCACAGUCUUAGUUUUACAUCAUUCCCUUGUAGUGCCUUACCAAACUACAGUUACGGUUUUAAGGGUUUACUUCCACUGGUACUCCUAGAAACUGACUGAGGCUGGUUGGAAUUUUAAUCUCAGCUCUUCUCCUUCUAGCAUUCUAUAUUGUUCCUUUUCUUCUAAGCUUUUAUUUGCAUUAUCUUUCUUGGGUAAGUUCUGAGAGAUGGGGAGGAGGGAGCAGCUGUGGAAUUUGGCUGCAAUGUAAAAACAGGUGGGCCUAGGAGGGAGUUGUGGGAAUGGAAAUGACUGCGUUGAUUCUUGGGCUGUAAAGCUGCUUUCCAGAUAUUUCCAUUUUGCCAGUGGGCUUAUUGGUUCAUUUUCCUAUUUGGAUACUCUCUACUUUCCCGAUAAUUCUUAGCAAUUUUGUAUGCUUACUAAACAGAAUUAGGGUUGGGGGAAGGAGAGCUCUCAUGCGUGCUUUGGAUCAGAAAUAUACUCAGUACCUCAUGUGAAAUUGGGGAAGAGGGGAGAUGAUUACCUUGGAAGAACUAUAUACGUUUUUUCACUUGAAUGUUUUCUAGUAGAAAAGAAAGAAGAGGGUGAGACAGAAUUCAUUUUAGAGAACAUCAGACUCAGGUUUGCUCCAGACGUUCUUCUGGAGAAGUGCUUGCACUGGCACCUGAGCAGGUUGGGCAGAUGGUUACGGUCCAGCGCUACUUUAAAUCGGGCUACAUCACCUUUGGUGGGAGACUUGUCCCAGUACAAAUGGCUUGAUCACUUCUUGGUGAUGUAUUCUGAAGGCCUGUUCUAUAUGAUAACUGGAGCUAGAGCCAGUUGAACCCAUGACGAAUCUCCAUUAUGGUUUAGUUGGUUCGUUUCCUCCCACCUCAUUCCAACUGUGGUUAAAAAAAAAAAAAACUGUUUGAUUUGCUGGACUCCAUGUCUUCACCUCCAAAUAGUCUGAAUUGUCUUGUUUUUGAAAUAGGUUUCCAAAGAGAAGCUUACAUGCAAUGAAAAAGCUAGAGGGUUAUAGGGAAAUCUUGCCACAACACUAAUACAAGUGUGUACUUCUGCUCUGUCGGUGUUUAGUAUUUUCCUGUGGAGACUGCCUUGUAUUGGUGGUCUGAGGCCUGUAAUAAAACAGGACCUAUACCUGCAUAGCCUCUCAGUACCACUACAGCUGUAUUUGUGACCAGAAAAGUUGUGUUUAGGCCACUGGGUAAGAUGUUGGGAUUUGGCAGGUCAAUCGACUGAGAGAAGAGGGAUGGAUCUCAGGGGUGGUUUAAGGGAAAAGGUUUAUCAAGAAGUAAGUUGACAAGAAAGGCAAGCACAGUUGUAAUAUCUGGAGGUGAGUGCGUACGCCUUGCUGGAAAAAGGAAGGUUGCCUCCUAUGGAUACUUUGUUGGACCCCAUUAAUUUUUUCUGGCAAAUCCUCAAAGAAGCCACCUCCAUUUCCUGUUUUCAAAUUGAGUUCCUUUUAAUCUUUCUGUUUCUCCCGUUCUUCCCCUAAACACUCAUCAGCUCUUUCAUUGGUACAUGCACCUUACAUUUUUCUGUUCUGAAGAAAAUCCUUUUCAGUUGCUCACUCCCUUCAAUAAUUUUCCCAUUCUCUUAGUGUGAUGUCCUUCAUUCUUCCCUGCCUCACCUCUUCUAGAAUGGAAGCUCCAUGCUGCUUGAAAGGAAGGAUAUUAUUUUGUGGUUGUUGUUGCAUUACUGUUGUUAAUUUUAAUAUGUAAUUAUUAUAUUUUACUCUUGGUUUUAAUUGCACAUGCGUUCCUGCAUCUUUGUAUUAUUUUUUUCUUGAUAGUGUAUUGAUUGUUCUUUAAGUAGGAUUUUUUUGUGUCACUGGUGAUGCAUCUUAGUUUUACAGUGAAGGAGGGAUACUCUAGUAGAAAAGCACAUAUAGAUCACAUAGGCAAGCAGCCAACAUGUUAUGGCUGUUAUUAUACUAUGACAUACUUUUGCAACUUCUGAUUCCUCCAUAUGAUAAUUCACGCAUUCAGAAGUGUGCUUUUUUAAAAGGUCCAAGCAAAACAACUCCUAAGGAUUCAAAAUGGAUAUUGGGAUCAUAGAGAUAGUUUGAUCUUAUGCUGUAUCUGUUGACAUCGAAGGCUAUGGAAUCCAAUAUGAGGCCAAAACCACACACAGACUGUCUGGGUUGAAGCUUCGCAGCCUCAAAUAAAGCUCAAGCUAUAAGUAUUUAUACUUAAGUUACACACUUAAGAAACUUAAGAAGGGUUCUCUCAUUGUCACCCAAGAAGAAUGUCAUUUAUGUUGCCAAUAAAAGAGAGAGCCUAGUCUAAUCACUAGUGCGAUUGGCUAAAUAAAACUGAAGAACUCAGAAACUCCAUAAAAGAUGUAGCAGUCUGUUGUUCUUCUCUCCUUUUUCAGGAAUCAAGAUUAAAGGCUUCUUAGUACAGUCAGAAUAGUUUGUUUCCCCCUUCCCAAAGUAUCUAUGCCUUUUUCCCUUCAUAUUUAACACUUGCAGAUGUUUGUGCUCUUUUGUUACUUGUACAAAAUGAUGGUAUUUAUUUAUUUUAAUUAAAAAACGAGUUCCACCCUA